GGCCUGUUCACACGGCCAUGGCAUCUACCCAACUACGGUCGUCAGUCUCCUCUAUGCUCGGGCAGUGGCUGCUCCUCGCAGCACUGGGCGGCAUCUGCGGCCUCUGCCCUGUGGGCGCCUACAGUUCGGGGCAACUGCUCGACUGGAUGCAGCAGAGCAAUUUUGGCUAUCAAGUCCUCCAUCAGGCCAUCGUUGAAAAUCAAACAAGCGCCUCCGAGGUAGCCUGCCUGGCGGAAGUGCGUCUCCUGCUAUUGGCGGCAGAGGCCAAAGCUCUGCCUGCACUGCGUGUCCUCGAUGCUUGGGGCAAGUUUCCGCACGGCCUGCUGUAUGGCCACUUUACGGACAUGGGCAACUAUGAGUCCUGCCUGAACAGCGGCGGCCCCAUCGGCAGCAGAAGCACCACCAAGUACUGCCUGACGAGCAUUCAGUUUGAGAGUCUGCUGCUGGAGUCGAUGGGGUCGAAUGCGCUCACAUUGCGUAUUGGCACCUGCAUCCCAUCCGCCUGCAGCGCUGCCCAGCUCAACCGCUGGAUCAACGACUACCUCCAGAAAAUGUUCGGCCAAGACCCAGACCCGGGGUCCCCAGAUACGGGCGUCACACUGGUUCAGGAAAAUAACUGUGCUGUAGAUCAGCGCGAGCGUAUGACCGGAUUGGACUGGUUCGCUGUUGCCGUUCUUGUCGUCUUGGCCAUUCUGGUUUUCCUGGCCACCCUGCUAGACCGUGCCAAAGCUUCCAACAAACUGCUGAGCUCCUUCUCGCUGCGCCAGAACCUGCCCCAGCUGUGGAAGAUCUCAGACACGGUAUCGCAGCAGCAUGUGAUGCCGUGCCUUAAUGGCAUUCGCUGCCUGACAAUAAUCUGGAUUAUCUUCGGCCAUGGCUACAUGUUCCUGCUGCUGGCGCCCAGUGUGAAUGCCUACGAGAUCAUAGCAUGGGCCCAGACGCCCUUCUCCAUGGUGCUGCAGAGCGGCACCAUCUCGGUGGACACGUUCUUCCUGCUCAGUGGCCUGCUUCUGGUGAUGAGCGCCCUGCGAGAGAUGGAGAGAAACUCGGGACGCCUUCACGUUCCGCUUAUGUACCUGCACCGUGUGGUGCGUCUGACCCCCGUGCUGGCCCUGGCCGUUCUCAUCUUCAUGACGCUCUUCCCACGCCUGGAUAGCGGACCCCUCUGGCAACAGUUCACCGCCUCCUCGCAGCUCUGCAGUGACACCUGGUGGGCCACUUUGCUCUAUGUGCAGAACUAUGCGGCCCCUGGACGGAUGUGCCUUGGCCACUCCUGGUAUUUAGCAGUCGAUAUGCAGCUGUACAUACUUUCGCCCCUCCUCCUGAUCGCACUCUACAAGUGGGGUAGAAAGGCUGCCGGCGCUAUCAUUCUGCUCAUCCUUCUGCUAUUCGCCUGUGUCUUCAGCAUCAUCAUGCUGAACCAGCUGCAGGUCUUCAGCCGUAACGGCAACCUGGGCGAGGACAGCCCACAGAUGCGGCUCAUCUACUAUACCACACACGCCCGAGCCAUGCCCUGGCUGAUCGGUCUGCUCUUCGGCUACUAUCUGCACAGCGAGGGCAGUCGCCGGCGACGCCUCUCCAAGUGGCUGGCAUUGGUGCUAUGGAUAGUUGCCCUCAGUCUGUUUGCCACUGUCAUCUUUGCAGUCUAUCCGUACACGCAGUCCGGAGCCAAGGGGAUCUCACCGCUGGCUGGCGCCUUCUUUCUGUGCUGCGGCCGAAUCGCCUGGCCCCUGAGUCUGUGCUGGCUUAUAUGGGCCUGCCAGAACGGGCUCGCGCCCGUAGUUAACAGCCUGCUCAGCUGGUCCCUCUGGCAGCCGCUUUCCAGGCUCUCCUACUGCCUGUACAUCUGGCACCUGAUGGUGGAGACAGCGAACGUGGCACGCAGCAAGUCCAGUCUGCAUUUUUCCAACUACGACGCAAUCCUACGCUUCUGGUCGGACUUUGGCAUAACGUUGUGCGUCUCCACACUGAUGUAUCUGUUCGUUGAGGCACCGGUGGCUCGACUCGAGGCACAACUGCUGAGACUGAGACGAAGUCCGAGGCAUGCGACGAGAUCCCCGACCACCGGUGUGGAUGCUUCACCCUCGCCAGAUACUGCACCAGCCACAAGCAUUUCACGGCAGAACCUAGUCGUUCCCUGAGAGAGCGCAAACUGCACACCUGAACACCUAUGCGUGUUGCUUUUAGUUAAUUUCAAGUUCCUGUUUAAAUUAUAAGUUAAAAUAAAUUAGUAUUGCAUUUAA